AUGGGUGACAGCGAAGAACGGUUUGAAACACACAUGGGAUUCCUUGCUGAUUUUGAGGAUCGAUUCUGCAGGGCUAAGGGUUUUUUGCUGUCCAAACUGGAGAGUAGGGAGCAUCCGUUGAGUUCGACGAUCAUCCACGCAUCGGCUUCUCAUAGCAUGUCUUCCAGCUUUCAACCGUUCGAGUCUGUGGAUAUCCAAGCCGAUAACUAUGCGUCGACGUGCGACGCAUUGAAAAAGCGCUACGACAACAAGCGAUUCCUCAGAAAGGAGCUGUUCCGAGGCCUGUACAACCUUCCACCGAUCCAGCAUGAGUCAGCACAGGACCUCAACACACUGGUUGAUGAUUUCCAGCGACACGUCAAGGCACUGGGGAAGUUAGGUGAACCGAUAGAUCAUUGGGACACUCCGCUCAUCUUCAUCCUGACGAAUAAAUUGGAUUCGGCGACGAAUCGCGCAUGGGAGCAGGAUACUCUACAGAAAGAUAAAGUGAAGUACGACGAGCUCAUCGAGUUUCUCGUCCACCAGGUCCGGAUGUUGAAAUCCGUGGACAGCGAUCUCCAGCAUCGAUCCGCAGCGCCCACCGUUUCCAAGGUGGCCGGACAAAUCCCGAAGAAACCAGCUUUCAUCCGAUCUGUUGUGAACACUGUCACAUCCCGAACUCAAUCUAGCACUUUGUCAUGCCACUGUUGUUUGAGAACACAUCCGCUUCACCAAUGUCCACCAUUUUCAAACCUGUCAAGCUCCCAACGGCGAGAGCUUGUGACACAGCACAGCCUUUGCUGGAAUUGCUUUCGCGCAAACCACCAGGCAAGAUCCUGCAAAUCCAAGUUUCUGUGCAGGAUUUGCCAAGCGAAGCACCAUACGAUGCUGCACGACCCAGCAGCACCACCGAAUGAGUUCUCACCCGAGAGAUCACAGCUCACACAAGGGAAUCCAGGUCCGAGUGGUUCACUCAAGCCACCAACGAUAAAUCUAUCCGUGCAUUCAAAUUCGACGGUUCUGUUGGAGACAGUUUCGCUGUUAGUUGUCGACCGAUACGGCAGAAAGAUUCCAGCACGAGCUCUUUUAGAUUCCGCAGCAAUGUCCAACUUUAUCACCAGGAAGCUGGCGAACGAGUUCGCCACCCGACAAACACCCGUGGACAUCGCAGUUGCCGGAAUUGAAGAGUCAGUCAAGCGCAUCAGGAACAAGUUAGCUGCCAAAAUCGUAUCCAGGAACAACGACUUCUCCACCACACUCGAUUUCUUCGUCAUGAAGAAGCCAACCUCCCAUCUUCCCACAUCCUUGAUCGAUUCAACUGCCUGGAGAAUGCCGAAGGUUCCAUUGGCAGAUCCUCAGUUCAACGUUCCAGCAACAAUCGACAUGAUCAUCGGUGGAGAAUGUUACCACGAGUUCCACACGGGCGUACGCCACUCUCUUGGUGAUAAUUUUCCGUUUUUGGUGGACACCCUCUUUGGCUGGACAGUUUCUGGAAAAGUGGAUUCCAGCUCCACCACUGCACCGCGAGCGUGCUUCCUCUCCACCGUUGAUCAAACCCGAGAAACGAUUCCUGAGGAGUUCCGGCCAAUGGAAACCGCCGAUGGGAGCCUGAGAACGGAAGCUGAACCCUCCACCACUCAAAUCCACAAAAAAGGAUCCGUCGCCCGCCAUUUCCGGCCCAAUAAUCCUAAAACCACCCUUGGAGAUUCGAACACGAAGGCCACACAACGAAACUCCACCAGAAAUGCACACCACAAAAUCCCUGGAAGUCACGCUCAACCCGGAAAAAAGCACGACAUCGAUCCUGUUGACGACAAUCCACACUGCUAUUGGCCACAUCACCCGGUGCUCAAGGAAGCCAGCAAAACCACCAAUGAACGCGUGGUAUUCGACGCAUCCUGUGAGCCAAAUUCAGGGUACGCGCUCAACGAUACGCUGCUCGUCGGUCCCGUCGCUCAACAAAGUCAACUGUCUAACACUCCUUCAAGCGCCGCUAAGGUCAACGACGAAGGAGAAGACGCUGCCUGUGGAUCAACAUCUUUUAAAUAA